AUGCAAGCGGGCGAGGGCAGCUCUCGUCCCUUCAAGCAAAGGAAAAGCCUCGCCACCAGGAUGCACGAAGUGACAGAGAUCCGGAUAAAAUACCCCAACAAGAUCCCGGUGGUUGUGGAGCGCUACCAGAGGGAGAAGACCUUGCCCCCCUUGAACAGGAGCAAGUUUCUGGUGUCCCAGGACCUGCCCCUGUCCCAGUUUGCUGUCACCCUGCGGACACGGCUCUGCCUGGCCUCCUCCCAGACCUUCUACCUGCUGGUGAACAACAAGGGGCUGCCGAACAUGGCCGUCACCAUGCAGGAGCUGUACCGUGACAACAAGGACGAGGAUGGCUUUCUCUACCUCACCUACGCCUCCCAGGAGAUGUUUGGCGGCUCUUCUCCCAGCGGUUGCUUGACCACAAAACCUCCUGCCAACACCGUGUCCUCGUGGCCGCUCGUCUCAGGACUCCAACGCUGGUGA